AUGAUGGAAGCAGCAUACACGACUGCCUCUUUUCACUUCGCUAGCUCUAUUAUUGUGCUAUUCCCUACCAAGGCUCUUGAAGCCGGCUUGAGUAAAAAAGGGACCGAUAUACAAAGUGUGAGUGGUUUUGAGCUUGUAGCCCAACGAGAGUGCAAGAGUAUAGGUCUCGAAUUUGCUUUGCGUUUAAAGGGGAGAACUUAUUCUCGGGGGGCCAAAACAUUGCUUUGUGUCAGUGUAGAAACUCAGGGAUCUGAAACCAAAAGAAACAAGGUCCUUGCCUACUGUACUGAAUUGGUCUUACUAGUAAUCACUUAUGAUGAAUUUAAGACUUUUCGUAUCUAUAGUCAACCUUGCUGCUAUUCUAAAGAGAGAGAGACAGACAGACGAUAUCAAUAUACCGCCCAUCUAUCCAUUUUUUUAAAGGAACAGCGAGGCUCUAUUACUGCAAAAGUGGAUAAAGAUUUCACAGUCUGUUUUUGGUUUUUGGUGUUUUAA